AUGGCUGUUGUUUUGUCCGAAUUGGAUGAUGACGAGUAUUUGUUUCACCGAAAGAGGUCUUGUUGGCUAAAGGACUAUAUCGCCAACAAGCAUCUCGGUAUGCAAAACAACUUCUACCAAGAGGUGUUGCUGUCGCGUGUGGGACCUCGCAUAGGAAGGCAGGACACCGUGAUGCGGCGAGCGAUACCAGCGGAAACAAGGCUACAGGUGACGCUACGAUACCUCGCUCCAGAGAUGAAAAAUGACUUCCUGAAAAGGCCAUGCACCGAAGAUGAGUGGAAAGAUGUAAUCGGAGGUUUCAAUCAAAACUGGAAUUUUCCAAACUGCGUUGGAGCCGUGGACGGGAAACAUGUACUAAUUACGAAGCCAGCGAAUUCUGGAACAGUGUACAGAAAUUACAAGAAGAGCUUCAGCAUUAUACUGUUUGCCGUCGUUGAUGCCAACUACAAGUUUUUGUACACGGAUGUUGGUGCACCCGGCUCACAAGGAGAUGCGGGCGUCUGGCAAACGACGCCGCUACAAGCACGUGUAUCAAACAUGACGGCUGGUCUUCCAGAACUUGUGAAGGUCGCAUGCUCGCCCGAUGUGCUCCUGCCACCCGUGUUCGUCGCAGAUGACGCCUUCCCUAUACAUAACUUGCACGCACGUCACUUCCGGCAGCUUCCGUGACCGCGUCCGCCAUUGCU